CCAAAGCGAUUUUGGAAAUUGUAUGAGAUUGUGAUAAUAUUUUAUAUCAAAGAUUUUUAUAGCUAUUGUUAAUUAAAAUUAUAUUUAAUUAUCAUAUAUAGUUAUUUUAACUUUAGUUUUUCUACUACAAUGAACGGUCAAUGAUGAUUCAUUAUUUGUGAAGUCUACGCAAUAUAAUCAAGACGAGGCGAAGUUUUAAUAGUUUAUUUGUGUUAUUUUACGUAAAAGAAUCAUGUCUGUGAGUGAAAAAGUAUCCCUUUCUGAUGCAUUAAGCAAUGUGGAUGUUUUGGAUGAAUUAACAUUACCCGAUGAACAACCGUGCAUUGAAGCAGCACCCUGCUCAAUACUCUACCAAGCUAAUUUUGAUACAAACUUUGAGGAUAGAAAUGGUUUCGUCACCGGCAUUGCAAAAUACAUCGAAGAGGCUACCGUACAUGCCAACUUGAACGAGUUGCUCGAAGAAGGCAACGACCAUGCUGUGAUGCUGUACACCUGGAGAUGCUGCAGCCGAGCCAUACCACAGCCGAGAUCCAACGAGCAGCCCGACAGAGUGCACAUAUACGAGCGAACUGUGCAGGUUUUAGCCCCGGAAGUGGACAAGCUGCUGCAGUUUAUGUAUUUUCAGCGUAAAGCGAUCGAGCGCUUCUGUGGCGAGGUGCGCCGGCUCUGUCACGCUGAGAAGCGCCGGGACUUCGUGUCGGAGGCGUACCUGCUCACCUUGGGCAAGUUCGUCAACAUGUUCGCAGUCCUCGACGAGCUGAAGAAUAUGAAGAGUUCCGUUAAGAACGACUAUUCGACGUACAGACGAGCUGCGCAGUUCCUGAAGGUGAUGUCUGAUAGUCAAAGUCUCCAAGAGUCGCAGAACUUAUCCAUGUUCCUCGCGACGCAGAACAAGAUCAGGGACACCGUGAAGGACGCUUUGGAAAAAAUAAACGGCUACGAGGAUCUCCUGGCAGACGUUGUCAACAUAUGCGUGCACAUGUUCGAAACGAAGAUGUACCUCACCCCAUCGGAGAAGCACAUGCUUGUCAAAGUCAUGGGCUUCGGUCUGUUCUUGAUGGACUCGGACGCGUGCAACAUAAACAGGCUGGAUCAAAAGAAAAAAAUACGCUUGGAUCGCAUCGAUAGAAUAUUUAAGAAUCUGGAAGUGGUGCCGUUGUUUGGUGAUAUGCAGAUAGCACCGUUCAACUACAUCAAGAGAUCGAAGCAUUAUGAUCCCAGCAAGUGGCCGCUCUCAUCGAGUCCGAACCCGCCCUCCCCCCAAGCGGACCUGAUGGUCCACCUCCCGCAGAUAAGGGAGGAACACCAGAACUAUAUAUCGGAGCUGGCGAGGUACAGCAACGAGGUGACGACAACGUUCAAGGAGGCGGGCUCGGACUCCGAGAACCGCGCCGUGACGGAGCUCUGCCUGCGCGGCUUGCAGCUGCUCUCGUCGUGGUGCUCCGUGCUCACGGAGCUGUGCUCGUGGAAGCUGCUGCACCCCACCGACCACGCCACUAACCCGCGGUGUCCUGCCGAGGCGGAAGAGUACGAGAGGGCGACCCGAUACAACUACACGUCCGAAGAGAAGUUCGCAAUGAUAGAGGUGAUCGCCAUGAUCAAAGGUCUCCAAGUGCUGAUGGCGAGGAUGGAGACAGUCUUCGCUGACGCAGCGCGACGGUCCAUAUACGCGGAACUGCAGGACUUCGUGCAACUACUGCUGAGGGAACCGCUCCGAAAGGCCAUCAAGAACAAGAAGGAUUUGAUACGCAGCAUCAUCGUGUCGGUGCGCGAGACGUGCGGCGACUGGGCGCGCGGCUGCGAGCCGCAGCAGGACCCCGCGCUGCGCGGGAAGAAGGACGCCGAGGCCAGCUUCACCAUCAAGGUGCCGCGCCGGAACGUGGGACCAUCGUCGACCCAGCUGUACAUGGUGCGCACCCAGCUGGAGGCGCUCAUCUCCGACAAGUCCGGAGGUCGGAGGACACUGCGGAAGGAUCUGGACGCGGCUACGCUUCAACAGAUUGAGACGUUCCACAGACAGAGUUUCUAUUGGAUGUAUAUGUUGAAUUUGGCAGAUUCCCUGGCGAAGUGCUGCGAUCUAUCACAGCUGUGGUAUAGAGAGUUCUAUCUCGAGAUGACCAUGGGGAGGAAAGUUAAUAAAUGCACAGUGCGCCAUCAGCACAACGAAGAGUGCAACGACCUGAUCACGAUGGAGAAGAGGAUCCAGUUCCCCAUCGAGAUGUCGAUGCCCUGGAUCCUGACUGAUCAUAUCCUCCGGAGCAAGGAACCCGCGAUGAUGGAAUACGUGCUAUACCCCUUGGACCUCUACAACGACUCCGCUCAGUACGCGCUGACGGUCUUCCGCAAGCAGUUCCUGUACGACGAGGUCGAGGCCGAAGUGAAUCUGUGCUUCGAUCAGUUCGUCUACAAGCUCUCCGAACUCGUCUAUGCGCACUACAAGCAACUGGCGUCGAGCAUGCUGCUGGACAAGCGGUACCGCGCGGAGUGCGCGGCGCGCGGCGCCAGCACGGGCUGCGGCGCGGGCCGCUACGCGUCGCUGCUGCGCCAGCGGCACGUGGCGCUGCUGGGCCGACACGUCGACCUCUGCGCGCUCGUCGCUCAAAGAAUAAACGCAGACAUGCACCGCGCGUUGGACGCGGCGGUCGCCAAGUUCGAGGCGGGCGACAUCACGGGCGUGGUGGAGCUCGAGGGUCUGAUCGCCGUCAACCGGCUCUGCCACAAGCUGCUCAGCCGCUACCUGUCGCUGGACGAGUUCGACGCGAUCCUGCGCGAGUCGGACCACGGCGUGCUGGCGCCCUACGGACGGAUCACGCUGCACGUUUUCUGGGAGUUGAACUACGACUUCUUGCCCAACUAUUGUUACAACGCCGCGACUGAUCGGUUCGUGAAAUGUCGCGGUAUACAGUUCGCGCCGGUGGUGCAGCGCGAGAAGCUGCAGCAGUUCGGGCACGCCAUGCUGUGGGGCUCCAAGCAGCUCAGCCUGGCGUAUUCGGCUCAAUACGCGCAGUACAACGGCUUCGUGGGCCCGCAGCACCUGCACGCGCUGGUGCGGCUGCUGGGCUACCAGGGCGUGGCGGUGGUGGUGUCGGAGCUGCUGGGCGUGGCGCGCGGGCUGCUGCACGGCACGCUGGCGCAGUUCACGCGGGCGCUGGCCGCCGCCAUGCCGCGCCACUGCAAGCUGCCGCGCUACGACUACGGCUCCAACGGUGUGUUGGGCUAUUAUCACGCGCAACUGACGGACAUCGUCCAAUAUCCGGACGCGAGGACGGAACUCUUCCACGCUUUCAGGGAACUCGGCAACAUCAUACUCUUCUGUAUGCUGAUCGAACAGGCUCUAUCUCAAGAGGAGGUGACGGACCUCCUCCACGCGGCUCCCUUCCAGAACAUCCUGCCGCGACCGUACACGGCGGAGGGCGAGAAACCGGAAACGAAACAGAAGCGUCUCGAAGCGAAGUACUCGGCGCUACAGAUCGUGCAGAAUGUGGAGAAAUACGGCACCGCGAAGCAGAGCCAGCUGUCGCGCGAGGGCGACCUGCUGACGCGCGAGCGCCUGUGCUGCGGCCUGUCGCUGUUCGCGGUCGUGCUGCGCCGCCUGCGCGCGUGUCUGGCCGCGCCGCAGUGGCCCGCGCCCCCCGCGCCGCCGCACCACGCGCCGCUGCACACCGACGACACCGCCGAGUUCCACAGGUUGUGGUCAGCGCUCCAAUUUCUAUACUGUAUCCCCGUUGGCGACACUCAGUUUACAGUCGAGGAGCUCUUCGGCGAGGGUCUCCACUGGGCUGGCUGCACGAUUAUAGCGUUGCUGGGUCAGCAGAGGCGCUUCGAGGCCCUGGACUUUUGCUACCAUAUACUGCGCGUGCAACGCGUCGAUGGGAAGGAUGAACUGGUUAAGGGAAUCCCCUUGAAGCGCAUGGUGGACCGCAUCAGACGGUUCCAGGUGCUGAACUCGCAGAUCUUCAGCGUGCUCGGGAGGCACCUCGCCGCGGACGACGAGCGCGCCGGCGUGGAGCACGUGCGCUGCUUCCCCCCUCCCGCCGCCACCCACCACAACUGAGAGAGACUCAGCUAGCACACAAACUGAGCAAGUUAACUCCAGUUUUACUCCAGGGAAAAUAUUUCAUACUGAAUACCGACAUUUCGUUAAUAGGAAGACUAUAUAGUAAGUUAUUAUUUCUCUUGGUAAUAAGUCUCACGGUCAGACGGACAAAUUUAAUAAUAAAUAUUCUCUCCAUAACCGAACAUAGCGUCCAAUCGAAGUGCAUAGUGUUCAAGAGGUGCGUAAAUCGUUUAGACAGAAAUCAUCUAGUCUAUUCCAAUAGCCGGACGAGUAAGGGGCCGUUCGUUUAUUAGGUAAGACUAUUUUUGCUGGUUUUUGACCCCCUCCCCCUCUAUCACAAGAAAAAAUAACAAUAGGCUGACCCCCUCUCACCUCUGUUGUUUUUUGUAAUGUUAAUUUUUCAAACAAUUUUUUGUUUCUUUGUAAUGUCAAAGAUGCUAAUAAUCUUUAUUUUUUGGUCCGUCCGUUGUCAUGGAAAUAUCCUCGAACCUCGAAAAUCACGGGCUUACCCGCGCUUCUUCAAAUAAUUUUAACAUUGCGCCUUUUUUUGAUCUUACGUAAGAACUAUCGAAACGCCUCCCCACCCCCUUGUAAGGAAACAUAAGACAUGGUCGACCCCCCUCCCCCUAUAUCGUCUUACGUAAUAAACGAACGGGCCUUAAUGAUUAACGAUUCUAUACCAACCAACUGUAGUUUAUUCCAUACACAAGAGGAUUAGGGACACUUGAUAACUUGACAGCGAAGUGACGUCAUUGUUUCGCAAAUCCUCGUGACAUCUUUCGACCAAUGACGUCACGACAAUUCAAGGUCAGAUUUGUUUAUAUCGCGGAAAGUUAUGUUACAUAUGUUAAAUGUUAAGUAGUUUCGUUUAAUGCAUACUCUGCAAAAGUAUUAUACUAUAUCUAAGCAGUUUAUUAAUGGUAAUUUUACAUAUUGUAAACAUUUUUUUACUUUUUAAUUUAAAGUCCAUUGUAACUCGAAUCGAACUCAUGUAGAACAAAACGCUAGCACGGCAUUGGUCGAUGAGCUGCACUAGAGCGAGACGAAUCUGGCUUGCUUUGAGUUCGUUUUAGAGUUUAAGGGACAGUGUAUAAGUACACCUCUUUACAUGACUGUACAUUCCAAUACGAGAAUGGCGAUAGACCACAAAAAAAUAAUAAUGAACUUUUAAAAAAUGUUUUGUUUUGCUAACUCUAUCUCAGUUGGAGGGUCGACAGAAUAAUUUAUAGUUUUUUUUUUCAGUACUUUACUUUAGUAAACUUUUUUACUUACGUCGUAAUGGCUUCUCGUUUAACGUGUUUAUCUUGCAUUUUAUAAUUAUUAUUUAAAUUAUAGUAUUUUAAAUUAUUGUUUAAGAUUUUUGUAUCACGACAAUUA